UCUUCCGUUACACAGGAAUUGCAACAGAAUUGCGCGACGAGAGAAAUAUUCCGAGGGAAAUUGUUUGCUAUAAUUUUGUAUCGGUUGGGUCAUAGCUGAAUAAGUGAAUAAUCUAAAUAUUUUGUGCACCACUAUAAAUUAUUUAUUUUUCCGCAUUUAGAUACACCAAGAAUUCAAAAUGUUGAUUAAAGUUAAGACAUUAACUGGCAAGGAGAUUGAGAUCGAUAUUGAGCCAACAGACAAGGUGGAGAGGAUCAAAGAAAGGGUGGAGGAGAAAGAAGGGAUUCCACCUCAACAGCAGAGACUCAUCUACAGUGGGAAACAGAUGAAUGAUGAAAAGACGGCAGCAGACUACAAAAUCCAGGGAGGCUCAGUGUUGCAUCUGGUUCUGGCACUAAGAGGAGGGGCUCCCCACAGUCGCAGAAUUCAUCUGGCCCCCUUUUAACUCCCGACCUGCCUUGACCACCGUAGAGUGUCUGCCAGCAACACCACGCGCACAGCUUCGUCCAGAACUCUAUGUUGUUGAAAUUAAGCUCAUGCUAAUUGCAUUCUACCAACAGAUUCUCUGUCAUUGAGUUCUUGUCUAUAAUAUGUUAGAAAUCGGCACAUUGCCGCCCUUUAGAUUUACAGCUAGGAUGGGAAAGCACCGCGGUGCUGUUUGGUGAUUGCUGAGGGAAAUGAUGUCACUGCUUGAUGUGUUAAUUAAAGUUAAUGUCACCUG